GUAUCAGUCGAGCCCGUUUAAAUACCACAUCAGAAUGGCGGGAAAUUACUCUGUUGCAAAAAUCUUCUUUCUAACAUUCUCUGCUUUAUCAAAGAUUUUAAGAUAGCUGGACUGUUAUACACAGAAAAAACAAGUCUUUUCCAUACAUUUGAUGGACGAGGCCUCACCAAAUCAACAUGAAUAUCCCUCUGCGUCUGUUUUUUAGACACAUAGGGACCAUGCAGCUAAAAUGGAUGCCAAAUCUAGCAGAUAAAAUCAUAGAAAACCCUAACACUCUCAGUGUUGUCGAUAACACUAUAAUAAAAAUGUGCACAGAAGGGCAACUUAAAGAAGCCCUUGUUACUUUACAAAACACAGUCCAUCCACUACACUACGAAACGUACGCUUCGUUACUUCAAGCUUGUGCGCUUGCCAAAGCCCUUGAAGUAGGCAGGAAACUCCAUUCUUCUAUUAUUAUUAACGGACUUGAAUACCAUGAAUUUGUGGUGACUAAACUAGCUGGCAUGUAUUGUCGGUGUCAAAGAUUGACUGAUGCACGCCAAGUGUUUGACAAAAUGCCUCAGCGAAGAAAGCCUAUAUUAUGGAAUGUCAUAAUUAGAGGAUAUGCUCGAAGGGGUUUUUAUGAAGAAGCCCUGGAGCUUUAUAAUCAGAUGCAAGAUGAAGGGAUUAGUCCUGAUACAUUUACAUUCGCCUGCGCUCUCAUGGCGUGCGCUAGCCUUUCAGACUUGAGGAAGGGAAAAGACAUCCACAAUUGUAUAAUUAGGAGACAGUUGGAAUCAGAUAUCUAUGUGCAGAAUGCCCUGGUGGCUAUGCAUGCGAAAUGUGGGAGUUUGGAAAAGGCACUCGAAUUGUUCGACAAGAUGUAUCAAAGAGAUAUCGUUUCCUGGAAUUCUGUCAUUUCAGGUUAUGCGCAGUAUGGGAGACCAGAGGAGGCGAUGAAAUUCUUUAACCGAAUGCAUAUAGCAGGCAUGAAGCCAGAGAUAAUCACCAUUGUUAGUGUUCUCCCAGCUUGUGCCAACAUGGAGGCUCUGUAUAGUGGGAAAGAGAUACAUGGUUAUGUAAUUAAAAGUGGCUAUGAGGCUGAUGAUUCUGUUGGAAAUUCCCUUUUAUCUAUGUAUGCCAAAUGUGGAUGUUUGGAAGAUGCACAAGAAAUAUUUGAAACAGUAUCACUGACAGAAGUUGUUUCAUGGAACACCAUGAUCACAGGUUAUGGCCACAAUGGUCACUAUGACUUGGCUUUGAAGCUGUUUGACCAAAUGGUGUUUGCAGGCUUGAAGCCUAAUGUAAUAACAUGGUCUGCAAUCAUUGGGGUAUCUGCACAAAAUGGGUACCCUGAGAAAGCUUUGGAGUUUUACAGUAAAAUGCGAAUGGAAGGAGUGGAACCUGAUUGUGUUACUCUUGUGAGUGUUCUGGGAGCAUGUUCUCAGUUAGAAUCUCUUGACAAGGGGAAAGAAAUCCACGGUUAUGUCAGAGCAAAUGGAUUUGAUUCAGAGAUCAUGGUAGGAAAUGCCCUAAUAUCUAUGUAUGGGAAAUGUGCAGAUAUAGAGUGUUCACGUGUAGUAUUUGACAAAAUGUAUAAGCGAGAUGCAAUUUCAUGGAAUGCGAUGAUAGCAGCCUAUGUACAGAGGGGACAUGGUAAUGAUGCUUUGGAACUUUUUCGAGAAAUGUUUCUAGAAAGCAUCAACCCAAACUCAAUGACCAUCACUUGUGUUCUAUCUGCAUGUGCUAGGCUGGCUGCUUUAAAACAUGGAAAGGAGGUCCAUAAAUACAUUGUCAGAUGUGGACUUGAAUCGCAUAUUUUCGUAGGAAGUGCACUUAUAGACAUGUAUGCGAAAUGUGGUAACCUAGAGGUUGCUCGUCAUCUGUUUGACAGAAUGUCUAAGAAAAAUACUGUGUCAUGGAAUGCUAUGAUUGCUGGGUAUGCAAUGCAUGGUUGUGGUGAGGAAGCUCUUUCUCUCUUUCAACAAAUGCAAAGUGAAGAUGUCAAGCCAGACAAUAUUACCUUCAUUGCUCUUCUAUCUGCAUGUAGUCAUGCAGGCUUAAUACAGGAAGGUUGGCAUUACUUCAAUUUUAUGAGGGAAGAGCAUCACAUAACACCUACAUUAGGUCACUAUGCUUGCAUGGUUGACCUUCUUGGACGUGCAGGAAGACUGUAUGAUGCUAAAGAGUUCAUUGAUAAAAUGCCAUUGGAACCCAAUGCAGAUGUUCUUGGGGCCUUGCUCGGUGCCUGCAGGAUCCAUUCUAAUAUAGAGUUAGGGAAAACUGUGGCAGAUCAGCUUUUCCAUUUGCAGCCUGAAAAUCCUGGAUUUCAUGUCUUGCUGUCAAACAUAUACGCUGCAGAUGGCAGGUGGAAUGAUGUAGAAAAGGUGAGAACAAUGAUGAAAGACAGAGGUCUGAAACGGAGGCCUGGAUGUAGCUGGAUUGAAUUAAAGAAUAAGGUUCAUGUGUUCAGUGUGGGAGACAAAUCACAUCCACAAUUAGAAGAAAUAAAUGCAAUGUUGGAUAAUUUGGCAGGACGGAUGAAGAAGGAAGGUUAUGUGCCUGACAAGAACUUUGCCCUACAUGAUGUAGAGGAUGAGGAAAAGGAACAUAUUCUCUGCCACCAUAGUGAGAAGCUGGCCAUUGCAUUUGGGCUUAUCAAUACAUCCCCUGGCACACCUAUACGAAUCAUAAAAAAUUUGCGGGUGUGUGGUGACUGCCACAGUGCAACAAAAUUCAUUUCCAAGAUUGUUGAGCGGCAAAUUGUUGUCAGGGAUGCGAAUCGGUUCCAUCAUUUCAAGGAUGGCACAUGUUCCUGUGGGGAUUAUUGGUGAUGGUUUUUGAGAACAGUAGAUACUGUUUCAUGUGAAAAAUUAUGCAUAUAGAAAUUAUAUGCCUUACUUCUGUAUACAGAAUAUUCUUUAUUUGAUCCUGGUGCACUCUUAUGAUUUGUGCAUCAAGCCUUGGGGAUUAAGAAGCGUGAAGAUUCCUUAUUGCAGACAUCCAUCUUGGGAAAUAGUUAUGUGGAAUUGAUUAGAAUUGAGAAAAUGUAGAGAUACCUUUUUAUCUAGCCCUGGAUGCCAGCAACUCAAAAUUGUGCCCAAAAAUUCUUGCUCUUGGAAGUCCAGGGGUGAUAAAUUGCCUAUGUUGGGUAGAGUAGCAGGAAGCCCAAUCGCUCAUGCUCUUGGAAGUUCAUAUCAUAAUCUGGAGAAAGAUAAGACAUUUUUGGAGCUUAAAAUUAGUUGCUUUCUACUUAUUUAUCUCUAAUUCUUGCUGGGUUUAUACGCUAAGGGAAGGUAAUAUUGAAGUUAUACAGUACUAGAAAUAACAAUUAUCUGCAAGCAAGGUUCAAUUAUGUCUUACCAGAUUAUUCAUAAAUAUCUAUGCAAGGAGAACUUUGCUGCUAUUUGUUUGAUCAGGAGCACGAAUCUGGCAAGUGAUCUUCAUUUAUGCCCAUCUAUGGUCUAGUUUGGUUUAGUUCAGAAUGUUGCAGGCCAUGGUUUGAAUGGGUUUCUUAGUCUGUUGUUUGAGGAUGUUGCACAUUCUGAGCUUUAAUGAAUGGAACCGACUAUUUUAUUUUCAGCUUCUCUCUUCAACAUGGAAGUAGGUCCUAGUGAAUUUGUCCUGAGGGUGUCGUGGAUUUCAAUUUGUAUACAAAGAUGAAAAUCUUGUUUGAUUCAGAGUUACUAAAACUUGAUGGCUAGUGUGCUGUGGAAAAUUUAUUGUACCCCCAAAGAGGAGGAAUUUGCUGGUUUCCAUCUGUGGCAUCUAUAGUCCUGACAUGGAACUAUCGAAGUUAACAUCAUGGGUAAGUCAAUGAUGAAGAGGUAUUUCCGGGUUUCGCCCGGCAUUUGCUGUAAGAGGCUUUUACUGUCGCAAGGUAAUUGCAUCUUUCUCUUUUUUGUUUAUCUGACAAAGUCCAUUAAGGCUCAUUCCAACAAGGUGCUCUUUCUCUCUGUCAUUUCACUUCAUCUGACAUUCUUAUCACGUUUUAAUGUGCUUUGUUAGGAUUUGCUGUAUUGAGGUACUACAUUGAGUUUCUUAAAGUGUAACAGCGCUCUGUCAAAAUCCUUUGACAACCAUCAAACCAAAAGUUCCACGACAUGGAGUGCAAGAAUCCUGAUGUAAGAGGGAUGGAAAAUCAUGAGGACUAUUUGGAGAUAAAAUAGCAAUCAAUGUCCCAACAUGCCUUUGCUAGAGCUUCAUAUGGAAAAUCACCAGGCAAUACAGGCAAAGUCUUUCUAAAAAAUAUGAUGUCAUUUCAAAUCAUGAAGAUGAGCAGAUCGCCAUAACCUUCUAUGAAUGCCUCUUUCAAUGCAUGUGUGAUUUCAAUUUACACCAUGCAAUUUGUAUGAUCAUGUUAUACAAGUCUUUGAUGUCUAUCUGUUUUUGAAUAUGCCUACUUCUAACUUGGAUUUCUAUCUGUUUUGUUUGCCUUUGCUGUCAAGUACCAUAUGCAAUUAUUGGCUCAGAGACAAUAGAAGCUGCAGGCUUGGGAACAUAGUAGUAUAAAAAAUUUCUUCUGUCAUAGGGGAACUAUGGCCAACAAAUAAACGAUGCUACGAUAACUAGAUCAAAUAUCUGGUAACAUUCUUCUGAUAUUAAAUCAUCAUGGUCUAUGGAGAUUAACGGUGUCUAUAUAUGGUUAAUUUAGGUGACCAGUUUUGUUUCGAUGGAGGCUAUUGGAAUUGGAGGUUCUGAUUCAAAGGAAUAUGUUGUAACCUAAGUUAAUAAUCCAUGGCUUCCAAUUGAUAUAAAGGGACACUUUGCAGGUUACUGCAAGCAAGAUACCAGUUUAAAAAUGAGAUUUUCCUUAAAGGAUAUCCACAAGGGAUUCUUUCCAUUUGCCUUCUUUAUUGUAUGAAUUAUAUACAUCUUUUG